UGUUCUUUUUAAGUCUGAAAGGCAGCGACUGCAGGGAUUAUGACGUGCUGGCGGCCAGGGCCUCGGGUGCUGCCUGGAGUCUCCUGCGUGUCUCUGCUCCUUUGAUGUCGGCAUCGGGGGUGGGAGCAGGGCCCACGCAUUCCCCCUUUGGCCUGGGUGGGAACAGGGGAAGUGGUGGGCAGAGCCAGAAGGGCUUCCUGGGAUUUUCUUUCUCUCUGUCACUCCAGAGAAAGGUGGUAAAGAACACUUGUUUCAGUUUGAGGUGCUCGGCAGCCACGCGCUGAAGGACGGUUUUUAAUUGUAGGGUGGGGUGUGAGUGCAGUGUGGUUCAGUCCCCUCCCCGUCUUGUGCUACCUGCCCUUGUACCUGGACCUGUGAAUCAGGGAUAAUAGUUACUAUCUUGUAGGACAGAGAAUGGUACAUACUAACUGCUGAGGAACACGGUGAAUGGAGUUAUGGUAAUUGCACGAUUGGCAUAAAGGGGUGAGAGAAGUUCCAGAUUGGUCGAUUAAAAUGUGAGUUAUUUUUAGUGUCUCCUAAGGAUUUCCAUCACCAGUUGCUCCUCCAGCCAUCAUGUAAUUACCACCCCAGAACUAGGCUUCCAAACUUCCAGAGAACACUGCAUCUUUCGAAUUUUGGAGGUUAGGCUCCAAAAUUUGCAUAUUUAGGCCACAGCCUAAAUUCACUGACACUUGUGUUCCCACAAAAGCCAGGCAGCUUCUUGGAGUAUGUACUUGUGACUUAGUAAGAGUGUCUUAGGAAACUCGCUUGGACUAGAAUGGUUUUACCUUUCUUUCAGACUUGGGAGGCUGCAUUCUGAUAAUUCUCAGGAGGAAGAAUGUAUAGGAGAGACCAGGGUUUUUAAGGUGUGACCUCUGAACCACCUACAUCAGAGCCGACUGCCUCUCGGUGCAUAUCCCCAGGCCUCAGCUCUGAGCUAUGAAACUGACUUUCUGGGCUUGGGACCUGGAAUUCUUUGUCUUUGUAAAGCAUGCCAGGUGAUCCUUACAAGUAUAAAGUUUGAGAACUGAUGUGGUGUUCUGGGCCUUGUAACUACUGGGGCUUCUGGUGAUUCAGUUAGAAAGUUAGUGUCUGAAGGGUCAAGGGCAGAAUGAGGGGAGGCCUUGAGGCAGUAUGAGCCCUGUGGACCCUAGGAGGUCUGGGAGCACAUGUCAAAAGAGGCCUUUAUGUGGGCCUUUUGCUUCUGUCAGAUUAAACAAAUAACUUGGCACAUCUGGUAGUGGGCAUGGCCAUGCAUCACGUGCAGAACUGGUGUGAUGGACCAUAUUUUCUCAUAUUUCACAGAAUUCACUGGCUGGGCAUGAUCCACAAAGUCCCAACCCAUCCCAAACCCUGGAACCCUUUCCAUGACGGUUUAUUCUGAUUUGUUCAGGAGACACAUUUCUUCUGUUUUCAUGUGGAAUGGGCUUUGUUCCUCUCACGGCCGGCAGAGGUUAAAUUAAAGGGGCCAGAAAAUGCUGAGCUGUGACUAGGAUUGGGGGGCCAGUAGGCAUUUAUUGGCCCCGUUUGCUUCUUUCUUCCCUUUUUUUCUCUGCCUCCUCGGUCAGGGGGUCCAGGACUAUCUCUCCAGGGGCAUUUCUGGUCUGUGGAGACUUGCCUGAAGGCACCUGGAAGAGUCUGGGCUGAACUCUAGAUGCCUCAGGCUCAAAUCUCAUAUUAGUGAGGGAAGAAAAUUCUAAAUGUGUAAAUGGUACCUGUAAGUCACCUACAAAUAAUUUUUUUCCUUUCCUGUGCUGUGUCUGGGAGCCAGCUUCUGAGUGUUGUCAAGGUAGUCCUGGUGGCUUGAGACUGGUGAUGUGCCGUUGCCAACAAUGGCUGUAUAAUUCUGAGCAGUUGUUCAGCACUCAAGUGGGAUGAGAAUGGCAAGGAGUGCUCUGGGUGGCUUUUGACAAGGGACCCCGCCUGUCAUUCACUCAACAGGUGUUUGAGGAGCCAGUCUGUCUCCGUCGUCUGUUCCUGCCUUACUUAGAUGGAAAAUAAUGAAAUCUGUGUAGGAAGGGAGGGUGAGUAGAGGGAUGGCCUGUGUCGACUGAACAAUAAAAUAGUGAUGUUAAUAUAUUUUGCUUAUUUAUUUUCUUAAAGGGAGCUGGCACGUUUCAGUUCUGAUACAAGUUAAAUAUUAACAAUGUCUGAAAAUACCACAACUUAAACUUUAAUAUGCAUGGGAAUCUCCUGGGGCUGAUGAUAAAAUGCAGCUUCUAAUUUAGCUGGUCUUGGUUGGGACCUGAGGUUUUGGGUUUCUGACCAGCUCCCAGGUGUUAGGCUUGCAGUUGGUCAGUGGCCCACACUUUGUGCAGUAAGGUCUUAAUGCAUUUCCCCCUGUGUUCACUUUAGUGUCUUUUUCUCUAGAAAUUCUCUGAAGAGGACACUUUACCUGGUAAGAACUAUUAUUAAUAAUGCUAUUACUUAAUCUAAGAAUUUUUGUACCAAGAAUUUUCUAGUGAUUAGCCCUACAUUGUUGUAAAUGACAUUCUUAAAUGUGUCCAUACUUUAUUCCAGGGGCAAAUAUUUGUACAGUGUCCUGCUUUGACAUUUGUUUGGAUUCCUGUGGAUUUUAUUUAGUGGUUUCUCUUUUGUUUAUGAUGAUAGAACACUUUUAGAAAGGUUUGAAACCUUUUGAAUCUUGAGCAGAUUUGAAAGCCCCACCUGCCUUCUUUUAAGAAUGUAGGAAUUGUAUCUGCUUUGAGCUUGUGCAUGCUAACACCCCACUUCUUCCAAGGUCCUUGCUCAGUGCCUUCAUGUCUCAGCAUCACAGCCUGGAACCUGGAAGGCCUCCAAGCCAUAGAGAGAAGCAAUAAAGAUGUCCCAGUGGGGCUUCUGGCUGGGGCCCUUGCCUGUUUCUGUCAGCGUUAGCCCGACCCUACCCUUGGAGGUAGGGUUGGGUUGUCCCAUUAUUUCCCUGUCAGGGUAGGUGGUAUUAAAGCAGCUUUUGUCUUGCUUGCACUGUGAGUCUGUUCUGUGUAUAAGGCUUCACUGUGUGGAUCACCUCUGCUUAAUGCCACCUUUUGAAAAAUUCUACCACCAAAGUUCUUCCUUGGAUAGCAAAGACAUUUUUGAAUGUUUGUAUUUGUGCCUGCCCUAGUUGGUCAGUAAAUGCAUUGAUGGGCUCCAUGGGACUUUGGACCCAUUCCUUUGUCAUCUUCCAUUAACAGUCUUCCUAGGCUGGUGGUGAUGUUGGGCAACUUAAUGCUUCCUGAAGGUUUUAGAUACUUACUACAGGAGCUAAUAAUUUAUUGCCAAAUAAGUGAGGAAACUUUGGAUUAGAUAAAGUUGGUUUCUUUAUGGCACAACAUUUCAGAAAAUUUUGUGUGCCACAAUGUAUUAUGACACUUUAAGAGGAAGAUGGCUAGACUACAGUGGUUCCAAAUUUUGGGGGGUCGGGGUGGAGCUAGAACCCCUCUUGUGCUGAUUAUUUCAUUAGGCUAGUUUUUUCUUUCUUUAGUUCCGGGAUACAUGUGUAGAACGUGCAGGUUUGCUAUAAGUAUACGUGUACCAUGGUGGUUUGCUGCAUCUAUCAACCUGUCAUCUAGAUUUUAAGCCCCCCAAGCAUUAACUAUUUGUCCUGAUGUUUUCCCUCCCCUCAGUCCCUCUCCCCUCCCUGACAGGCCCUGGUGUGUGUUAUUCCCCUCCCUGUGUCCAUGUGCUCUCAUUGUUUAGCUCCCACUUAUGAGUGAGAACAUGCAGUGUUUGGUUUUCUGUUCCUGUGUUAGUUUGUUGAGGAUGAUGGCUUCCAGCUUCAUCCAUGUCCCUGCAGAGAACAUGCGGUGUUUGGUUUUCUGUUCCUGUGUUAGUUUGUUGAGGAUGAUGGCUUCCAGCUUCAUCCAUGUCCCUGCAAAGGACAUGAUCUCAUUCCUUUUUGUGGCUGCAUAGUAUUCCAUGGUGUAUAUGUACCACAUUUUCUUUAUCCAGUCUAUCAUUGAUGGGCAUUUGGGUUGGUUCCAUGUCUUUGCUUUUGUAAGUAGUGCUGCAAUAAACAUACGUGUGCAUGUAUCUUUAUGGGCUAGUUUUUUCAUACAGUCCUCUCUUAAAAAAAAAAAAAAGCUGUAUUGAGGUAUAAUUCACAUACCAUACAAUUUUUACUCAUUUAAAUUUGAAGUAUAUAAUUCAAUUAUAAUUAGUAUAUUUACAGAUAUGUGCAAUGGUGUGUGUGUGUGUGUGUGUGUAUGCAGAUUGCUGUGGUCUGAAUGUAUCACCCAAAAUUCAUGUGUUGAAACCUAAUGGCCAACGUGAUGUUAUUAAGAGGUGGGGCCUUUAGGAGGUGUUUAAGUCAUAAGGGUGGACAUAGAUGGGAUUAGGGCCCUUUUAAAAGGGCCUGAGGGGGAAUGGGUUUGCUCUCUUCUGCUCUUCCACCAUAUGAGGAUACAGCAUUUGUUCCCCUCUGGAGGGUGUGGCAACAAGGCACCAUCUUGGAAGCAGAGAGAGGCCCUCACCAGACACUGAACCCCAGUGCCUUGAUCUUGGACUUUCUCUCCUCCAGAACCAUGAGAAGUAAAUUUCUAUUAUUUAUAAAUUACCUAACCUGUGGAUUUUGUUAUAGCAGCACAGACAGACAGAAAUUGAUACUGAGAGUGGGUGUUGUUAUAGCAAAUACUUAAAAGAAAAGUGGAAUUGGGUAAUGGGUAGAGGAUGGAACAGUUUGGAAGUGUUUGCUAGAAAAAGCCUAGAUUUCUGUGAACAGAGCAUUAAGAAUGAUUCUGGUGAGGGCCCAGAAGAAGAGGAGAGCCGUAGAGAUAACCUGUGUCUUCUUAGAAAUUUCUAAGUGGCUGUGAUCAGAAUGCUGGUAGAAUUAUAGACAGUAAAGCCCGUUCUGCUGCGGUCGUACAUGGAAAUGAAUAUCUUAUUGGAAACUGGAGGAAAGACAGUCCUUGCUACAAAGGCGCAAAGAACUUGGCUGAAUUGUGCCCAUACUCUAGGGCUUUGGGGAAGGCAGAAUUUAAGAGUGACAACCUAGGAUAUUUGGUGGAAGAAAUCCGUGAGCAUAGUGUUCAGUAUGCUGCAUGACUUCUCUUAAUUGCUUACAGUAAAAUGUGAGAGAAAUGAAUUGAAAAUGGAAUUUAUAAUCCAAAGGGAAGCAGAGGCUGGGCACUAUGGCUCAUGCCUGUAAUCCCAGCACUUUGAGAGGCCAAGGUGAGAGGAUUGCUUAAGCUCAGGAGUUCAAGACCAGCCUGGGCAAUAUAAUGAGACCUUAUCUCUACUAAAAAUAAAAAAAAAAAAUUAGCGGAGUGUGGUGGUGUGCACUUAGCCCCAGCUACUCAAGGGGACUGAAGUGGGAAGAUCGCUUGAGUCUGGGAGGUCAAGGCUACAGUGAGCCAUGAUUCUGCUGCUGCGCUCUAGCCUGCGUGACAGAAUGAGACCCUGUUUCCAAAAAAAAAAGGAAGCAGAAUUUAAGGAUAUGGAAAAUUUUUAGCUUGCCCAGGUUGUAAAAACAUGUUUGGGAGAAAACACUAAGGGUGUGGCCAAGUGACCUUUUGAUAAGGAGAUUAGUAUGGAUAGAAGGAAGCCAGAUGCUAUUCAUCAAGAUAAUGGAAGAAUGAUCCUGAAGGCAUUUCAGAGAUUAUCAGUGCUGCCCCUCCCAUCGGAGGCCCAGAGUACCAAGGCCCAGGGAACAGAACUAUGUCAAAGGAGAGGCCUUGGGCGUCUGCAGGACCUCAGCAUUCACUGCCCGGCAUCACUUCUCUGCUCUCUGCAUUACAGUGCAGCCCUCCUUGGAUAUCCCAGCUGUAGCUCAAGGGGGCUCACGUGCAGCUAGUUCCCUUGCUGUGGAAGGCACAGGCCAUAAGCCUAGGUGGCAUCCACAUGGUGCUAAGUCUGCAAGUAUGCAGAGUGCAAGAGCUGUGGAUGCAUGGCUACCUUCACCUAGAUUUGAAAGGAUGCCUCAGAGAGUCUUGGGCUCAGACAGAGAAUUGCUGCAGGAUAGGUCUGCUGCAGAGUCUCCCUGCUAGGAUAAUGCCUAAUAGAGCCAUGGGGCAGGAGUGCCAAAAAGAGCCCCCACUAGGACAAUGUCCAGCAGAGUCUUGAGGCUGGGGGCACACCAGCGAGCUCCCACAAGGACAAUGCCUAAUGGAGCUGUGGGGGUGGGGCUGCCCUCGAGAGCCUGUAACUGUAGAGUUACCCGUGUGUAGUGCCAGCCUGGGAGAGCUGCAGGUACCCAACUGCAACCUGUGAGAGCUGCUGUGAGGGCUGUGCCCAGCAGUUGGCUGCAGGGCUGCCCAGGUCCUUGGGAACCCAACUCCUGCCCCAUUGUGUCUGGAAGGCAGGACAUGGAACCAAAGAUUUAUUCUCCAGCCUUACCAUUGAUUUAAUGUUUGUCCUGUUUGGUUUUGGAUUUGGUUGGGAAAUGUUACCUCUUUUUUCUUUCCUAUUUCUCCCUUUUGUAAUGGGAAUGUCUGUUCUUUGUCUGUUCCACUGUUGUUUUUGUUUGUUUGUUUGUUUGUUUGUUUUUUUUUGGAGACAGGAUCUCACUGUGUCAUUCAGGCUGGAGUACAGUGGUGUGAUCUCGGCUCACUGCAACCUCUGCCUCCUGGGCUCAAGCUAUCUUCCCACUUCAGCCUGCUGAGUAGCUGGGACUACAGGCAUGUGCCAUCACACCCAGCUAGUUUUUUUUUGUUUUGUUUUGUUUUGGUAUUAGAGAUGGGGUUUUGCCAUGUUGCCCAGGCUGGUCUCGACCUCCUGGGCUCAAGAAGUCCAGCCGCCUCAACCUCCGACAGUGCUGAGAUUACAGGAGUGAGCCACUGCUGAAGUCUGAAGUACUUUGCCUCAGGUUGAAACACAUCUUUGAGUCUCACAUGUCUGAUUUAGAUGAAAUUUUAGACUUCAGACUUUUGAAUUGAUCCUGGCCUGAGAUAAGACGUUGGGGCUAUUGGGAUGGAAUGAAUGUAUUUUGUAUGUGAGAAGGAUAUAAAUUUGGGGGACUUGGGGUGGAAUGCCAUGGUUUGAAUGUUUGUGUCUCCUUAUGGCCUUAUCACUUCCCCAACGCAACUCUAUUAAGAGGUAUGGCUUUUGGGAAGUGAUAAGGUCAUGAGGGCUCCAGUCCCAUGAAUGGAUUCUUGCCCCCAUCAAAGGGCUGGAGAGAACUAGCUAGGAUCCCCUUUUUGCACUUCUGCAUUCUGCCAUGUGAGGGCACAGCAAGAAGGCCCUCACCAGACACCGAGUGCUGGCAUCUUGAUCUUGAACUUCCCAGCUUCUAGAACUGUGAGAAAUAGAUUUUGUUCUUUAUAAGUUAUCCAGUCUCAAGUAUUUUGUUAUAACUGCAGAAAUGAAUAAACACACACACAUACAUUGUAUAUAGUGUUCAGUUAAUAUAUUCACAGGUAUGUGCAACCGCCACCAUAGUCAAUUUUAGAACAAAAAGAGACCCUGCACCCUUUAGCUAUCAUACUCCCACUCCCUGCCAUCCCAUUGCUCCCCCUGCUUUCCCAACCCUAAGGAACUCUACUUUCUGUCUACAUAGAUUUCCCUGUCCAGGACAUUUCAUGUGAAUGGAAUCGUCUGUGGUUUUUGUGAGUGUCUUCUUUCACUUAGCAUAAUGUUUUCAUGGUUAAUCUAUGUUGUAGCAUGCAUUAGUACUUCAUUCCUUUUUAUGGCUGAAUAAUAUUCCCUUGUAUGUGUAGUCCCAGCUACUUGGGAGGUUGAGGCAGGAGAAUGGCAUGAACCCAGGAGGCGGAGCUUGCAGUGAGCUGAGAUCGCGCCACUGCACUCCAGCCUGGGUGAUAGAGCAAGACUUCGUCUCAAAAUAAAUAAAUAAAUAAAUAAACAAACAAAUAAAUUCCCUUGUAUGUAUAUACUACUUUUUGUUUAUUCAACUGUUGAUGGACAUUUAUGUUUCUACCUUUUGGGUAUUGUGAAUAAUGCUUCUGUAAACAUUGGUGUAUAACUAUCUUUGAGUACUUGCUUUCCAUGUUUUUGUAUAUAUGUCUAGAUUAUAAUUGCUUCAUUAUAUGGUAAUUCUAUGCUUAGCUUUUUGAGGAACUGCCAAACUGUUUUCUAGAGCAGCUGCACCAUUUUACAUUCCCAAUAAUAAUGCACAAGGGUUUCAAUUUCUCCACAUUCUUGCCAACACUUGGCAUUUUUCGUUUCCUGUCCUCUCCUCUCUUCUCCUCUCCUCUCCUCUCCCCUCUCCUCCCCUCCCCUCCCUUCCCCUCCCCUCCCCCCCUUCUCCUUCCCCUUCCCUUCCCCUUCCGCUUCCUCUUCCCUUGCCUUUCUUCCCCUUCCCCUUUCUUUCCUUAUAGCUGUCCUAAUAGGUGUUACAUCGUUUGGCUGUGUCCCAAAUCUCAUCUUGAAUUGUAGCUCCCAUAAUUUCCACUUGCUGUGGGAGGUACCUGGUGGGAGGUAAUUGAAUCACGGGGUUGGGUCUUUCCCAUGCUAUUCUAGUGAUAGUGAAUAAGUCUCAUGAGAUCUGAUGGUUUUAUAAAGGGGAGUUUCUCUGCACAAGUUCUCUUCUCUUGUCUGCCACCAUGUGAGACAUGCCUUUCACCUUCUGUCAUGAUUUUAAGGCCUCCUCAGCCACGUGGAAAUGUGAGUCCAUUAAACUUCUUUCUUUUGUAAAUUGCCCAGUUCUCUGAUAUGUCUUUAUCAGCAGCAUGAAAACGGACUAAUACAAGGCAUCAGAUGAUAGCUCAUUGUGGUUUUGAUUUGCUUUUUGUUAUUGAGUUGUAGGAAUUUAUAUAUUCUAGAUAUUAAUACUCUUAUCAGUUAUGUGAUAUGCAACUGUUUUGUCCUUUUCUGCAGGCUGUCUUUUCACUGUCUUCAUAGUGUCCUAUGAUGCACAAAAGUUUUUAAUUUUUGAUGAAGUUCAUUUAUUUUAUUCUUUUGUUGCCUGUGCUGUUGGUGUCAUAUCUGAGUAGUCAUUGUCAAAUCCAAUGUCCAUAUAAAGAUUUUUGCAUAUGUUUUCUUCUAAGAGUUUAACAGAUAAUUUUAUUUCUUCCUUUCUAAUUUGGAUGGCUUUCAUUUCUUUUUCUUACUUAAUUGCUCUGGCUAGAGCUUCCAAUACUGUGUUAAGUAGAAGUGACAAAAGCAAGAAUUCUGUCUUGUUUCCACUCUUUGGGGAAAAGCUUUCACUAUUUCGCCAUUGAGUAUGAUGUUUGCUGUGGAAUUUAUAACAGACAUUAACAGAUAUUUAAUUCCCUUGCCUUGGUGGAAUGUUUCGGGAAUGAUUCUGUAUUCUUUGACUGUCCUGGGACUCUUGGAUCCAGAAUGCGGUCUAGAAGCCCAGAACGAGGUGGCUGGGGAGUUGGGAGACACAAGUAACAUGAUUUUGUUCUAUGUUAUAGUGUGGCGUCAGUUCACCUUUCUUUCCAGACCUAGUGGCCAUUUUGUGGUCUUGAGGGUUGCAGCAAACGCCUUAGGUUUUGAGUGUCUUUCAGAGGCAAGGGGGGGUUCUUAUACCAAGGUUCUCACAACUUUUUUCCCUUUUUGUCUUAAAAUGAUUGAGACCAUAGGGCCGUGGUGAUGUUGAAGGAGGUCGCCUGAAUAGAUCCACAUCCGCAUCACAAUUUCACUUCGCCUCUUGUACUUCAGUACCAGGUUUAGGGGACACAUGUGCCAUUCAAGUGAGGUUGGCUUUGUGAUGACUUUUCAGGGUGGAUUUUGGCUUCCUACAGGUAAGAACUUUCUACCUUUGUAAUAUCCUGACUCAUGAGUUGAAACAAUAGAUAUGAUGAAGGCCCAUGCCCCAUUUAGAAGAGUAAGUCUCAUGUUGCCAGGUCAGAAAUAGAUCCUCUUUGCUCUUGUUAAGCGUUGUGCUGAAUCCUGAGAGUGGUAAUCCCGCAGCAGGCAGAGAGAGGAGGACAUUGCCCUGAAGCUGUGGGGAGGCCUGGGAUUCAUUCCUUCUGGGCUGCGGGUUCUGGUCUCUUCUACCAGUUUAAACAAAAUGGCACAGAUGGCCAAGAGCAGUAUCAGUUGAGAGUAGCACGAAUCUUGGGUGCUGAUGUGUGCUGUUUAGUUUUGGCCCCUGUUUUAACACAGGGAGAGGGCAGAUGGUGAAGCUCUGGCCACCUGUGAGUGUUGGCAACCCCGGGGGGGCAGUCCGUCCUGCUGGCUGUACUUUGAACUGGAAAUACUGGACAUAUGACAUUUUCCUUCUGACUCUCGCUGUUCAUGUGGCUUAUGCAGGAGGCAGGGGAGGAACAUUCUAAAUGAUCUGGAGCUAUGCAUCUUGCCAGAAUCAACAAGCAGGACAAACCUUUGGGGAGAACAGUUGAGCCACUUUUCAAAGGCAGUGACCCUCUGGGACCCCCUACUUCAAACUGGCCCUGGAGGAGUAGACUGGUGGAGUGGACCGGAAUGGAAUGUCCUGCUGAUUGUGUGGAGCAGGCUGAGUUGCACAUGGUUUCUGGCCAGUGAUGUUCAUUUGUGUGGCCAGGUCUCAAAUUCAAUAUUGUUUUUAAGAAAAUCUUUCUGAAUGAAGAAGUCUCCAUGGACUCUUACUCCAUAAAAACUAAGAUUCUUUGCAGAGUUUCAUUGGGCAGCAGUUCCAUGUCUAGAGGUGGAGGUUUGGCUUCUGUCAGACUGUUCCACAGGGCACAUUGAAGUCCUGGGUGCUGGGCAGGGCUGAGAUUCCCAGGGGAGCACCCCCAGGGCUGGGUCCUAGGGCGCCUCGACACUGUUAAAAAUUACUGAAGGCCCCAAAGGGCUGUGGUUAUGUGGCUGUAUAUAUUGAAAUUUACUAUUUUAGGAAUUGACAGGCAUUUAAAAAAUAUUUUUUUCUCCAUGUAAAAAGAAUAUUCACCCAUUAUAUCUUUUAUGGAAAAAAGCUGUAUUUUCAAAAACCAAAAAAAAAAAUGAGAAGAGUGUCAUUGUUUUGUACUUUUUAAAUCCCUUUAAUGUCUGCUUUAAGAGAAGGUAGUUGGAUCCCCCCAUCCCCCCGCCAUCUGCAAUCAGUCUUAUGCUAUUUGGCCUCUAGAAAACUCCGCUGUGCAUUCGCGACGGAAUGCAAGGGACAAGGACACAUCAUAUCUUACUAUCUUGAAGAUAAUUUUGGCUUUACCACUCCUGGAGGUCUUGCCAUAGGGGUGAGGUCACUCAUACCAGGGUACCAUGUGAGAGGCUACCACAGGUGGAAGCACAGGUGUGGGGAUUUAGGCAGAGACCUUGGAGGCCAGGGGCUGCAACACCCCCUCACUGAAUUCAGAUAGAGAGAUGCUUGGGAACCACCAGUUCCUCUGGUUGUUCUCUUGUGUCUGUUGUUUGAAUCAGAAACUCAGCAGCUUAGGCCUCAGAGAGAUCUUGAGGAUACUUGGUCCAUAACUAUUAUGUGCCAAAUGAGGGAACUUAGUUCUUCAGUCUUCUAGAAAAAUUUUAUCCCUUUUUGUGUUAAAACGUGGAUGCAGCCUGGAAGUGGUAAUGCUAGAUGCUGCAUACCACCUUGAUGGAACUAGAUGAAGUGAUUAGCUUCAGUCGCCUGAGUCUAGAGAGCCUGGGACCAGGCAGGGCAGCAGCAUUUGAGGGACUCUUGGGAAGCUUGGCACAGCUUGAGUGUGGGGGCUGUGAUGCACAAGCACAGGCAGCUGUCUCUCUGUCUCUUCCCCCAGUGUUUGUUGAGCCAGUGUGAUGUGUCCUGUGUUGGCUGCCCAGGUAUAUACGACAGUUUCUAUCCUCAGGUCACCUUUACUAGGGGGAAGACUGAAGGUUUGUAAAAGAAACUGUGAUACCAACGUCAUUCGAUGAUCCACCCAAGAGUGCCUUGGAACAAAGGAGUGUUAAUCGACAGCAACGGGAGAAUAAGAAGGCUGGCUUUUUUUUUUACCUGACAUGUAAAGGAGCUGAGGAGAGAAGGGUGUUGCAGAGAAAGCAGGGAUCUGCAUUCUCUUCCUCCCCACUGCUGUUGCAGGCUGACAGUCUUUGAGUACACACACAGAUGUGGCUGUGUUGUGCCCUGUCAGAGGCCCUGUGAGACUCACCACCUCCUGAAGCACAAAGGUCCUUAGUGUGGUGCUCAGAGACCCCUGAACCAUGGGGUACAGUGUGGACAAAACUGGCCAUGAGCUGACUUUGUAGAAGGGCAGCCUUGGAGGGAGGGCGAGACAUUCAUGACCGUGGACCCAUUUUCCUCUGUCAGGAAGGAUGGGGGAAGUGAAGAGGACCUGAUCUAUAUUUGCCAAGAGAAGCUAAGCAGGUGGUUUUGGUGGAUAUGAAGGACAGGUUCUUUCUCGGGUCCCAGGACUCUCUUUCCUCCUGGGAAGCCCAACCUCCUGUGUGGCUCCAUGGCUCGGGUCAGAUUCCUGACUACUUAGCAUCACAACAGUGGAGGACAAUGGAAUUCUAAAAAGAUUCAGAGGAAACUUAGUAAUGUUAACAGGAGACAGUUUGAAAUUCGAUUGUUGUUGACUCUUUCAAUGGCUCAAAUUGCGGAGAGGAGGAUGUGUAAUGAAAUGCUAAGAGUGGAUUUUGAUGGAGUGAAGGAAGUUUGAAUUAGCUUUGAUUAGAACACAGCCUCAUCAUGGGGACUCCAUUCUCAUGGGGAGUAGUGGAUGCUUUAAGAUGGAUUCCCCUGAGUUCAGAGGUGGGCAUCAGAGUGAUUUGCCUGCAUAUCAGUCGUGUCUGUGGUCCCGGGUAGCUUUUUGUUCAUCAGCCCAGUGAAUGGGGCUCCACUUUUCUCCCUUUGGCUUUGCCUCUGGUCCAAGAAGUAAACGUCCUGAAAUAGAAAAGGAGGAGCUGUUCUUUGGCCAAUGAUUUAAGAAUAGCUAGAACUAAAGUUACCAACUGUGGAGGGCGGUUCCCUGUGGGCCUCAUCAACAGCUGAGGGCCCCCUUUCAGACACCUGUGAACAAGCUCCUCCAGAAUCCUUGCAUGCAGCUUUUGCAGAACUGAUAAAAGCAAUGGUCGGUCAUACUUGCCACAAGCUGCUUCUGUUGAGAUCAUCAUUCUACAAUCUUGACCAAUGGGUGAAGUUUGGUUGCACUUUUGGCAUCUUGCAUUCACAGACCUACAGAAACCAGAUUAGGGAGCAUGUUGGAGGUGGCUCUGUAAGUGACAAUGCUAAGAUUGGGAACAUAGUGAUGACAUGGUAAGUGUGUACUGAGUGAAUUAAUGAAAGAAUACUGAAUUUCAGGACUAAGGGGAAACAUAGAGGUGAUUAUAAAGGAAGUGAAAACAGAACUCCCAGCUGACCACAAUGAACCUGGGGGUUUAUGAAGGCCUUAUUAGGGCACUUGAAGUCUUAAUUUGGGGAUUGAAGGAGGUAGCAGUGGAGUCUUAAACUUUUCCACCCAAAUUACAAGAGCCAGGUAAAAAGAGAAUUAGUGCAGAAUCUGGUAUUUGAGCUUCCUGCAUCAAUUUUUCUAAAUUAUUUGCCAAAUUACAGGUUGUUUACUUUCUUUAGCUAAGGCACCACUCAGGGUUUGCCUUUGUCAUUGCACAGUUUGUCCCCAGGUCAUGGGAGCUGAGGCUGUGUCUAGGUGGCUGCAGGCCUGAGAGGUGUCAAUGAUGGAGUGGAGCUGGGGGUGUUGGGAGAGGUUUGAGCAGACCCAGCUGGGCAGCACCAUAGGGCUGCUGGGUAGGUAUUUUUGGGAAGCAGAAUGCUGAGCUCUCACUCAGAACCCCAGUGUAGGAGGCAGAUGAUUACCUGAGGCCCUCUGCACAGAGAAGGAACCGGCUUUGGAGAGCAUCAUGGGUUUCUGCUGCUUCCUCAACUGUGGUCUCCCCAGUUCCAGGAAGGCAGAACAGGUCAUUGAGAGGCACAGCUUGGGCUUCUCGAUCGCAACACAGGAGCAAAGUGGUAGAUGGAUCAUGUCUGUGAAUGAGGUGUGAGCAGCCCAGUGUAGGACACAGUCAGGGUCCCCAACAUGAUGGGCCUAGUGGCUCACUGCUGGGUCUGAUUUAAGAAAGAUACCUGGAUAGGACGAUGUAAGAACUGUCUCUGGGUCCCCAAGGAUGGGUUGGGAGCUGAACUGUACCCGCUGCUGGCCAGGAGCCGCAGGGACUCUUGUAGGUAUGGAGGGUAUGGCAUGGGGGCUGCCGUACUGUGACUCAAGAGUGCGAUGGGUGGAUGUGGGCCUCAAAGUGGGCCAGCUCCGCCCAGACCAGAGCAUUCUGCUUCCUGUGGAGCAUCCCUGGAGUCCUUGUGACCGUGUGGCCAGAGAGCAUGGUCUUGGGGCAGGCAGAUGACGAGGCCGUACCAGGAUGGAAGUCGUCUGCAUUUGGAGGCAGGAAACAACACAGGACUCUCCCUGCAGUUGCUUUGGCACUGACCACAAUGCUGAGCAGGAAGCAGCAGCUGCGGGCCCAGUGACUGGCAGCUCAGUGACCAGCAGCCCAGUGACCGGCAGCCAGGUCCUCACCUGGGUCCUCUCAGUGAAGCCAGGGUGGCCGCCCCAGCAGACAGUGCUACAGAGCCAACUCCUGACAGGACAAGGUGAAGCAGACACCUCGCAGUCAACAAGACCCGGCAGGACCAGGACUCCCCGCACAGUCUGACCGACUUGCGAAUCACCAGGCAGACAGGAAGGAACAAAAGACCCUGGAAAUUCCUGUAAGUUCACCUCAGUAAGAGUUGGUUUUGGCAGCGAUAUAGUAUUGGAAGAGAGAGGCCAGCAAAAGGAGCCAUUAGAACUCACGGAGUCCAGCAGGAGGAUGAUGUGGACCUGGAAGCCCUGGUGAACGAUAUGAAUGCAUCCCUGGAGAGCCUGUACUCGGCCUGCAGCAUGCAGUCAGACACGGUGCCCCUCCUGCAGAAUGGCCAGCAUGCCCGCAGCCAGCCUCGGGCUUCAGGCCCUCCUCGGUCCGUCCAGCCACAGGUGUCCCCGAGGCAGAGGGUGCAGCGCUCCCAGCCUGUGCACAUCCUCGCUGUCAGGCGCCUUCAGGAGGAAGACCAGCAGUUUAGAACCUCAUCUCUGCCGGCCAUCCCCAAUCCUUUUCCUGAACUCUGUGGCCCUGGGAGCCCCCCUGUGCUCACGCCGGGUUCUUUACCUCCGAGCCAGGCCGCCGCAAAGCAGGAUGUUAAAGUCUUUAGUGAAGAUGGGACAAGCAAAGUGGUGGAGAUUCUAGCAGACAUGACAGCCAGAGACCUGUGCCAAUUGCUGGUUUACAAAAGUCACUGUGUGGAUGACAACAGCUGGACACUAGUGGAGCACCACCCGCACCUAGGAUUAGAGAGGUGCUUGGAAGACCAUGAGCUGGUGGUCCAGGUGGAGAGUACCAUGGCCAGUGAGAGUAAAUUUCUAUUCAGGAAGAAUUACGCAAAAUACGAGUUCUUUAAAAAUCCCAUGAAUUUCUUCCCAGAACAGAUGGUUACUUGGUGCCAGCAGUCAAAUGGCAGUCAAACCCAGCUUUUGCAGAAUUUUCUGAACUCCAGUAGUUGUCCUGAAAUUCAAGGGUUUUUGCAUGUGAAAGAGCUGGGAAAGAAAUCAUGGAAAAAGCUGUAUGUGUGUUUGCGGAGAUCUGGCCUUUAUUGCUCCACCAAGGGAACUUCAAAGGAACCCAGACACCUGCAGCUGCUGGCCGACCUGGAGGACAGCAACAUCUUCUCCCUGAUCGCUGGCAGGAAGCAGUACAACGCCCCUACAGACCACGGGCUCUGCAUAAAGCCAAACAAAGUCAGGAAUGAAACUAAAGAGCUGAGGUUGCUCUGUGCAGAGGACGAGCAAACCAGGACGUGCUGGAUGACAGCGUUCAGACUCCUCAAGUAUGGAAUGCUCCUUUACCAGAAUUACCGAAUCCCUCAGCAGAGGAAGGCCUUGCUGUCCCCGUUCUCGACGCCAGUGCGCAGUGUCUCCGAGAACUCCCUCGUGGCAAUGGAUUUUUCUGGGCAAACAGGACGCGUGAUAGAGAAUCCGGCGGAGGCCCAGAGCGCAGCCCUGGAGGAGGGCCACGCCUGGAGGAAGCGAAGCACACGGAUGAACAUCCUAGGUAGCCAAAGUCCCCUCCACCCUUCUACCCUAAGUACAGUGAUUCACAGGACACAGCACUGGUUUCACGGGAGGAUCUCCAGGGAGGAAUCCCACAGGAUCAUUAAACAGCAAGGGCUCGUGGAUGGGCUUUUUCUCCUCCGUGACAGCCAGAGUAAUCCAAAGGCAUUUGUACUCACACUGUGUCAUCACCAGAAAAUUAAAAAUUUCCAGAUCUUACCUUGCGAGGACGACGGGCAGACGUUCUUCAGCCUAGAUGACGGGAACACCAAAUUCUCUGACCUGAUCCAGCUGGUUGACUUUUACCAGCUGAACAAAGGAGUCCUGCCUUGCAAACUCAAGCACCACUGCAUCCGAGUGGCCUUAUGACCGCAGAUGUCCUCUCGGCUGAAGACUGGAGGAAGUGAACACUGGAGUGAAGAAGCGGUCUGUGCGUUGGUGAAGAACACACAUCGAUUCUGCACCUGGGGACCCAGAGCGAGAUGGGUUCGUUCGGUGCCAGCCGACCAAGAUUGACUAGUUUGUUGGACUUAAACGACGAUUUGCUGCUGUGAACCCAGCAGGGUCACCUCCCUCUGCGUCGGCCAAAUUGGGGAGGGCAUGGAAGAUCCAGCGGAAAUUUGAAAAUAAACUGGAAUGAUCAUCUUGGCUUGGGCCGCUUAGGAACAAGAACCGGAGAGAAGUGAUUGGAAAUGAACUCUUGCCCUGGAAUAAUCUUGACAAUUAAAACUGAUAUGUUUACUUUUUUUGUAUUGAUCACUUUUUUGCACUCCUUCUUUGUUUUCAAUAUUGUAUUCAGCCUAUGGUAGGAGGGGGAUGUGGCGUUUCAACUCAUAUAAUACAGAAAGAGUUUUGAAUGGGCAGAUUUCAAACUGAAUAUGGGUCCCCAAAUGUUCCCAGAGGGUCCUCCACACCCUCUGCCGACUACCACGGUGUGGAUUCAGCUCCCAAAUGACAAACCCAGCCCUUCCCAGUAUACUUGAAAAGCUUUCUUGUUAAAAUAAAAGGUGUCACUGUGGUAGGCAUUUGGCAUGUUUUGUGGACUCAGUCAAGCAACCACAGUCUGUUAAUCAUUUCUCUAUGCUCAGAUGUCAGAUCCUCUUGUUAUUAGUGUGUCUUGUUCUGCACAGUGCAGGAGACUUUAUUCCUUUGGAAAAUUCACUGUUCCACAAAUAGCAGGCUGAAUGGCCUCGCCUCUAGAUUGACGUGGGCCAGCCUCCUUGAGACACACCUGGCACCCGUCAUCGGCCAGCGGUGGAUGCUGCAUAAUCCACCUGGGUACUUCAGCCUUGCGUUUCCACAGCCUUCAGCCUGUUCUAGAACGAUCACUGCCUUACCCCUGCUGCUGCAGUGGUGUGAGUCGUUUCACGGCUGAUGUCCCUCGGGGGAUUAAAGGAUCUAAAGAGAAAAUGGCACCUGGUUGUCUUCGUGCUGUGUCUCAUGGGUUUCCAUAGUGAUAAAGACAAGGAAACGCUGCAGGGGGCACAGGCACAGGCUGAUAUUUAAAGAUCUUUGCUUGCAGCCCUCCGUCCUGCUGAAAACCCCCAUAAGCCAGUGAACACAGAGCAGCUAGAGGCUCCUCCUCUGCUGGCUUAGGGUCAGAAGUACCUCACAGUGGUUGUGGACAUGGAAGAGUUUUGUCAACACAACACUUUGUCCCCGCUCCGGGAGAUGAGUCAGAUGGUGGCUUGAGUUGUCACUUGGUCCCCUCCGCCCCUCGGGUGGCCCCCUUUGCCACGUCCCCUUAGCUUAGUGAUCAGGUGUGAGAGUGGCCAUUUCCUUACCUUUGAUCCCUGUAAAGCAGAAAGGACUCCUUUGACAAGCAACAAACUACUGUGGUGAGCAGAAUGAUUUCCUUUUUCAAGACAACACCUGCCUGGCUUCUAUUAAUGUGUGCUGGCCACGAUAUUGCCCCAAAUCCGCCCCACUGAAGUGCUCCCUAAGGAACAGCAUUUCUCUGCUCCUCAGUCAACCCCCGUAGCCUAGAGCAGUGUCACAAGCUUCAGUAAGGCCAAUCAGCUGGAAGUCAGUCUACCGUAUAGUAACACUGUAUUUCAGUCUACAGACCACACUCUAGUUGUUUUCCAUGAAAGGUAUACAAAUGAAGAAUUUUCUAGCAAAACAUGUUUUUAACCAUCUGUGCUCAAUUGCAUUUUCUUCCUUUCGCAGCCAGUCAGUCUUUCAAACUAUUGACAAUAAGAUAAUUCUCGCGUUCACACCUGGCGGCAGGCUUCACUGUAGGGACGGACAUUGCAGUUACACCACAAUUCCUUCCUCUUCACUGGCUCGAGGUAAACCCUUUUCAAGGAAAAACAACUCUAGGAUUUCUUUUUUCUGUGUACGUAGACCAGUCCCAUCAGUGUAUAAUCUCUCUCUCUCACGCCUCUCUCCAAUAGACAGCUUGUAUUUGCAGUAUUUCAUAUUUAUAAAUAUGCAUUUAUUUAAAAGGAGAACAAAAGCUUGACUCUGAUUCACAGUUUUGUAUGUAGCUGGUUUGACGUAGUCUUUUGUAUUUUCCCUGCCGAAGUGAAUUGUUGGAGAAUGUAAACCGCCUCCACGUGGCGGCAGACUUCCUAAGGCCCCAGCUCGCUGGCCUCGCGCUGGGCGGCUGGGAAUUCCACCUGAGAACAAGUCCCGCAAACCGGGGACGGAAGGACAUUUGACUUUUAUUUUUGUAUUUAAUUAACAUGAAUGUAAAGGGGACAGCUCAGGGUUGUUUUGGAGCCUGUUGACUUUGUAUCUCUGCCUGUGAUUUUCUUUUCUAAAUGAAACUCCAUGUAGCAACCAGGACGAAGUUGAGAAGGAAAACGCCAAAUGCUUUGGUUAUUAGAGUUUAAUAGGUAAGCUCUGUUACACUAGGUGUUAGAGUUCCAGAAUGUUCUUUUGUUUGCUAAACCUUGAAGAAACAUGUGCCUCAGCCUAGAUGUUUUGUCUUCUCUUUUCUGCACUUAAUACCUGACAGUAUGACCGAUCUCUGCACCUUUCUGGGGGCGGGCAAGCUGGCGGUAGAUUUGUGAUGUCACAGUGCAAACUGCAGUGACUGUAAAUUGGCCUGGCGUGUAUAAACGUUUUCAGGGAAUGCAGAAGGUAUUAAUGAAGAGACAAAACCUUUAUUCCAUGUGCUUUGCUUCAUUCUGUACAUAGCUCUUUGGCUCGUGAACCUAAUUGUAAACUUUCAGGUAUUUUUGUACAAAUAAGGGACUGAUGUUCUGUUUCUUGUAAUUAGAAAUAAACAUUAAUACAGUGUUCUUCAUUUUC